AAUUGAAUGAAGCUGCGCAUGUCGCUCAGGUUAUAUUUUGAAUUAAAAAUGGUUCACUUUAAGCUAAGAAAACUUUGGUUUGGGAAGAAUAAGAGCAAAAUCAUUUUAAUUACUUCUCGUCACGUGUAUUGCUGAGAAUUUCUGAAUAUAACAUUCUAAGGUGAGAAUAGUUAGAAUUAUUUGUGUACUGUGUAGUGAAGGGUGAACAAGUACGAUUUUAAAAUGACGACUCCAUUACGCACAGGUAAAAUAAGCGAGCAGCAGAAAGCGGCUCUUAUCGAUUACAUGAAUUACAUCACACAAAAUGAGCAAUUAAAGAGUGGCAAAUUCACUCAAGAAUUCACGUAUAAAAAAGCUCAAAAUUGCUGGAAGGAACUGGCGAUAAUACUCAAUGCAAUUCCUGGUGGUGCUGAAAAAGAUUGGCGCCAAUGGAGGAAGGUGAGAAGAGAAACACAAUGUUUCACAUAUAGAUAUUUAGUUGUAGAUCAGAGAUUCAUAUGUGUAUAAAAGAAAUUAUUAAUUUACAUAUUCACACUAUUCUAGACAUGGCAUGAUUUGCGCACGAAAACAAAAUCUAAAAGUGCUGCUAUAAAGGCUCACAGACAGGGCACAGGAGGCAGUGAAGCUUUCAAAGAAUGUCUCACUGCAACGGAGGAGAAAAUUGUGGAAUUGAUGUGCCCCACUUCCAUUGCGGGCCAUCAGGAUACGUUAGAGUCGGAGGUGGUAAAUAUUUCAGUCGACCCUGAUGUGCCCACAAUUUCACCUGGGGAUUGCGGCAUUAAUAGUGAAACAACUAUUAGUGUGGAGACGGAAGACAAUAGCAGUUUUGACUCAGUUACCAGAAAAACCAGGAGGGAGAGAAAAAAUUUGAGAGCUAGUGUGGAGGCCACCAAAAACUUGAUACAGAUUGGCCAAGACCAAGCCAAAAUGCAGCAGUGGUUCUAUGAGAAAACUGUUGAAAUCAUUGAACGACAGACAAGUAUCAUGGAACGACAGACAACUGCCAUGGAACAGAUGGGAGCAGACAUGGCAAAAAUGGGAACCAGCAUCGAACAACUCGGAGCUAGCAUCGAAAAAAUUGCUGCCUCUGUUGAGCAACGUCUCAAAUAAAAUAAAUAACAUUUAAAAAUAAAGUUUUUUUAUUUCUUUUUCCACUAUAAAAUUUUAUAAUAACACUGCAUAUCGAUUAUUGACUCUGAAAUAAUUUCUAAUUAGUUGCUGUUGCAGUCGACGGCCUGUU